GGAGUGGAUCCGGAGCCCAGAAAGGAAAAUGGCGUACACGCAGGGAACAAAGAAGAAAGUGUGCUAUUAUUAUGAUGGGGACGUUGGCAACUAUUACUAUGGGCAGGGACAUCCCAUGAAACCUCACAGAAUCCGUAUGACGCACAAUCUGCUUUUGAACUAUGGACUGUACCGGAAGAUGGAAAUCUAUAGACCUCACAAAGCUAAUGCGGAAGAGAUGACAAAAUAUCACAGCGACGAUUACAUCAAAUUUCUUCGCUCUAUCAGGCCAGAUAACAUGUCAGAAUACAGCAAGCAGAUGCAGAGGUUUAAUGUAGGGGAGGACUGUCCAGUGUUUGACGGGUUGUUUGAGUUUUGCCAGUUAUCAGCUGGAGGCUCUGUAGCAAGUUCUGUGAAAUUAAACAAGCAGCAAACAGACAUUGCCGUAAACUGGGCAGGUGGACUACAUCACGCUAAGAAGUCUGAGGCCUCAGGAUUUUGUUAUGUCAAUGACAUUGUCCUUGCCAUUCUGGAACUAUUAAAAUAUCAUCAGCGGGUACUGUACAUCGAUAUUGAUAUUCACCAUGGUGAUGGUGUGGAAGAAGCUUUUUAUACCACUGACAGAGUCAUGACUGUUUCUUUCCAUAAGUAUGGAGAGUAUUUUCCAGGCACUGGGGACUUAAGGGACAUUGGAGCAGGGAAGGGUAAAUACUAUGCAGUGAAUUACCCACUUCGAGAUGGGAUUGAUGAUGAAUCGUAUGAAGCCAUUUUCAAACCAGUCAUGACUAAGGUUAUGGAGAUGUACCAGCCCAGCGCUGUGGUUCUACAGUGUGGUGCAGACUCCCUUUCUGGGGACAGACUUGGCUGCUUCAAUCUAACCAUUAAAGGACAUGCUAAAUGUGUGGAGUUUAUGAAGACAUUCAACCUUCCAUUGUUGAUGCUCGGUGGUGGUGGCUACACAAUCAGGAAUGUGGCCCGCUGCUGGACAUAUGAAACUGCUGUUGCGCUAGACACGGAGAUAUGUGUAAUUCUAUACUGCAUUAUCAGCUUCCAUAAGUGCCUUAAUUAUUCAUGUACUAUAACUUUUUACAUGUGA